AUGAAGUGGAUCCCUAGGGACUCUAAUCACCAGGCUGAUUCUUUGAGUAGACUAAUUGAUUUUGACGAUUACUCUAUUGAUGAUGACGUGUUUCAUACGUUGGAUUGUAAAUGGGGACCCCAGACAGUGGAUAGGUUUGCCUGUAGUUACAACGCCGAGCUUUCGCGCUUUAAUUCUAGAUUUUACCAACCCGGCGCUGAAGCUGUGGACGCUUUCGCCCAGAACUGGGAGGGAGAAAACAAUUGGGUCCAUCCACCGGUAUCGCAAAUUAGUAGAGUUAUUACUCAUAUGAGAGCGUAUAAGGCUGUAGGAACUUUAGUUAUUCCUUUGUGGAAGUCCUCCUUUUUUUGGAUUUUACUAUGUGACGAUGGCAAACACUGGAACGCUUUUGUACACGAUUGGGUGAUUCUUCUCAAGUUCUUUUUAUUAGAGGUAAAGCCAAGAAUAAUGUUUUUGGCUCAAAGGAUUUGUCCUUUAGUGUAG